AUGAAUCCCCAACAUUCCGCUCAAUCUCAGCAUCAGGUAUGGAUGGGAUACACCGACGACGACACCCCGCAACCAGAUCCCUCGACGUCUGGCAGUUCAAUCGCCCACUACUCCUAUUAUGACCCGCAGGCAGAUCUGUAUCCUCCGUAUGGCGACUCUUAUUAUGAGCCUUAUCAAACGAUAUCCCUCAUGAAUACCUCUCCAGCAACUCCAGGACAAGUGGCGCCGAUGGCGCCGGAUCUCAAUUCGUGUCUGUGGCCUCCCACCGGUAUCUCUACCUACAGCGGCAUGUCGUCUUCGUCAAGCGGGUCACUUUUCCCCCCACCUGAGCCAGAAUACGACAAUGUUCAACUGGCCAUUUCGACUGCCUUCCAUCCUCAAGCGCAUCCUCACCUCCCUCCCUGCGAUACCGUCUUCCGUUCAUCAGAUGCCGUGUUCUUCUACAUCAGCUCGUCGACCAUACUCUCCGCCUGCCCCAACGCCUUUAACACGUACAUCGGUGGGAGCCUGAAUGAUCCGAAAUUUCGCCUGGAGCCCAUAGAUCUCGAUGGACCUUCCCAAGAGCUUAAUGUCGUCUUCCACAUGCUCUAUGGCUCUUCUUGUGCGAUCAACUCACCCUCGCUGGAAACCCUAAUCAACGCCAUAGACCGCAUGCCAAGUUAUUCGAUAACACCGAAAGAGCAUAUCGUGCCUUCAUCAAGCCUUCAUAUCCUGCUUCUCUCCCACGUUCCCUACCACCCCUUCGAACUCUAUUCACUCGCCGCAAGCCACGGCUUGGAUUCUCUCGCGGUGAAGACUUCCUCGCAUCUACUCUCACAUCGGCUUCAGAACGUCACAGACGAACAGGUCAGGCGUAUCGGCGCCAUAUACCUUAAACGGCUGGCGAUGCUUCACUUCGGUCGUGUGACGGAGCUGAAGAACAUCCUCCUGCAGCCUCCCGAAUUGCACGCGCCGGCAGAAGAGUGCAGCAUCGUCCAGCAGAACAAGCUGACUCGGGCGUGGGCGAUUGCCAGUGCCUCCCUCGUGUGGGAUGCCAGACCAGAUCUCUCAACUCCCUCGAUACUGGCUGUUCUCAACCCGCUCAUGCACCAGGUCGACUGCACAGGUUGCCAGCAAGCGCUGCGUGAGCGUAUCCAAGAUGUCGUGGUCCGAUGGUCGUCGGUCAAGACUUCGUACUUCUUUUCUCUCCACUCCAAGAUGGGCUCUCGGCCUGCCGUUCGUCGCGCGUUCAGCAUCGUUACGCAUCUUGCCAAACAUAUUGGCUGA